CUCUCGAUAUAUCUCAGAGAGGGUCGUGACGAAGUUCGCUCACGUCCACGAAAAUUGAUCCAUUUGAGACAAAGAUUCCCAGGACUAGAAGGUGCAACAACAUAGUCCUCAUUUGCAAAAUAGUCACGAGCUCCAACCACCUUACAAUCUUGUCCUUUGUUCCUGCAGGAAUUAUGUGUCCACUGCCCAAUUCGAUUGCCCGAUAGCUUGCUUUCAUCACCAUCGCCUUCUUCUUCUUCUUCUCCUUAUUGUUGAGUGUGUCCAACUCUGGAUUCUCACUCACGUGGAGAGACAUGACCACGCUCCACCUGAAGUUCUUUCCGGCCUCUUCUUUCCCUCCUUCCCGUAGAGUUCUGCGCCGCUUGGACGCCAUCCAUUGUUGUGCCACUCACGGGAUCGAAAUCUGCAGCAACGGCAAUGGCAGUACCAAUGGGAAGGCCACUUUCCCUGAGAAGGACCCUCUGAUCCGCCACGUCGCCUCGGCCCCACCCCGGCCUCGCCGCAUCAUUCUGGUUCGGCACGGCCAGAGCGAAGGUAAUGUGGAUGAGAGCAUGUACACGAGGGUCCCCGAUCCUAAGAUCGACCUCACCGACAAGGGGAAGGCCGAAGCGGAGGCAACUGGUUGGAAGAUCAGAGAGAUGAUAGAGAAAGAUGGAGCAGACGAUUGGAAGGUCUACUUCUAUGUGUCGCCUUACAGAAGAACCCUAGAGACUCUGAGGUGUUUGGGCAGGGCUUUUGAGAGGUCGAGGAUUGCCGGCAUGAGAGAAGAGACUCGCCUAAGAGAACAGGAUUUCGGGAAUUUCCAGGAUAGAGAGAAGAUGAGAGUUGAGAAACAAAUGAGAAUAAUGUAUGGUCGUUUCUUCUACAGAUUCCCUGAUGGAGAAUCUGCAGCAGAUGUUUAUGAUAGAAUUACUGGAUUUAGAGAAACUCUAAGGGCCGAUAUCGACAUCGGACGGUUCCAACCGCCGGGGGAGCAGAACAAGAACAUGAACCUGGUGAUCGUGUCUCAUGGACUCACGCUGCGAGUCUUCCUGAUGAGGUGGUACAAGUGGACAUCGGAACAAUUUGAGGGCCUUAACAAUCUGGGCAACGGUAAAAUGAUUGUGAUGGAAAGAGGGUACGGUGGAAGAUAUAGCUUGCUAGUGCAUCAUACCGAGGAAGAGCUGAGGGAGUUUGGAUUGACAGAGGACAUGUUGGUUGAUCAAGAAUGGCAAAAAUAUGCGAAGCCGGGGGAGCUGAACUACAACUGCCCUAUCCUAAAUUCGUUCUUCACUCACUUUGGGAACGAGAGGGUGGGUUGCAACCUAGAGUGAAAAGGCAAGCAAAAUCGGCACCGCAGCAAAGGUGGGAGGUAGAGCAAAUUGUGCAGCGGACCAGAACCGUAGCACGGGCUGGUUGUAGUCAUGGGAUUAAUAUGAGGGUAGACACAAUAUCAGGAUCAGAUGGAGGGAAAACUUAACCAUGCUAUUUAUUCUACAGCUACUCGAGAAUAAGUGCAAUCCUACAGUUGUCCGAUGCGCGGACACUGAAUUCCGGAAUGUUGAGCGCAUGUCCCUCGAAAUAUAGGUUUCU